AUGGAUAAAAAGAUAGUGCGCAACGGGCCGCUGCCUGGGGGUCGCCGGGGCGCGUCUGGAGCUGGCGCUGGACGCGGCAGCAUGCGGGCCGCCAGCCGAGCGCGAGGAGCUGCACGGUCAUCUACCAGCCCUCCGCAUCCAUCAUCCCCACCAGAAGGCUUGGUGUCGGCUGGGUCUUCUCGGACUCAGCAAGCGGCACCCGCCGCUGGUGGAGCACGUCGCAUGCGUUGGUCACAAGAAAUGAAUGCAAACGCACUGCGGGCGUACUUUAGGGCAAAAGGGGAAGAAACUGGAUGUUUGGCGUAUCGGGCUAGGAUGCAUCGUCUUUUUGCUGAGCUGGAGCCAUCUUUAAUCGUCACAGAGCAAAACCUGGCAGACCGAGUUCGGUAUAUCUUGCGCUCAAAUAUAUUUGAUGUCGCCGAACUCGAACGGCUACGACGUGAGGCUGUUCCCUCGUCGGAUGAGAAUGCUACGGCUGAGGAUGCGGCGCCACAAAUGGUAGAGCAACCCGCAAACGUGGAUGCCGCCGUGAAUACCCCAGUUGUGGUUGAUUCAAACGAUGAUGGAACAGUCGCCCAGGAACUGGAAUUAGAGCAUAUGAGGAGUAUAUUGGAAGAGGCGAUUGUGGAAACGCGCAGUACGCCUCUCGAAAAUCGACCGCGACUUCCCCGCAUAGCCCUAAGCAAGCGGAAUCGGGCUGUCGUGAGGGCUCUGAACCCAAUGCUGGUUACCUAUUUGGAAGCCAGCCGGGACCUUUGCGAGACGGACUCAAUUCUUUUUGGCGCCGCGCUGGCAGUCUGCCGUAUCAUAGGCGCCAAGGUUUCCACGGCUGGACGCGCUACUGGCCAUAGUAGCGCUAUCCCAGCAUGGAGAAGAAGAAUUGAGGAACGUAUCGCAAAGGCUAGAGCUCUCAUCGGCAGACUGAUAUGCUUCAGAUCAGGCAACAACAGGCCAAGAAUUGUGCGCACCGUCAGGAUGGCGUUUGCUGGGACAAAUGUCAGUUUGUCCCAGCCGGAUAUAACGCAAAAACUGACGGAGCGCAUAGAUGAUCUGAAGCAGAGAAUCGCUGCUUGGGGAAAGCGGAUUCGGCGAUAUACCGAGAGGUCGACACGGUUCAACCAGAAUCGUCUCUUCCAGAGUGAUCAGAAGAGGCUCUAUGAAUCAUUGGAGCGACCAAUGGUAAGUGGAACGGGUCCAGCACCGAAUCAGGCCGACACUGUAGCAUUCUGGCGCGGCCUGUGGUCAGAGCCCGUAAACCACAGCGAGGGCCCUUGGACGGAAGUUGUGGCGAGUCAGUGUGCGGGUAUUACGCCCAUGGACCCCGUCAUCAUAACGCCGGAUGACGUAGCUGAGGCGGUUCGUAGGGCCCCGAACUGGAAAAGUCCGGGGCUUGACGGGCUGCAUCACUACUGGCUGAAGGGGUUCAUGGUGUGUCACUCUGUGCUCGCCCGACAGUUUCAAGAGGCUCUCAACCAGAAGUCGCUCCCAAGCCUCUUCACUACUGGGAUCACUCAUUUAGUUCCUAAAGACCAGGGUACCACAGACCCGAGCAAAUACCGCCCCAUCACGGCGAAAGGGGGAGAAAUUGGAGGUUUCGCGUAUCGGGCUAGGAUGCAUCGUCUUUUUACUGAGCUGGAGCCAUCUAUUACUGUCACCGAGCAAAACCUGGCAGACCGAGUUCGGUAUAUCUUACGCUCAAAUAUAUUUGAUGGCGCCGAACUCGAACGGCUACGACGUGAGGCUGUUCCCUCAUCGAAUGAAAACGCUACGGCUGAGGGUGCGGCGCCACAGUUGCAGAGCAACCCGCACACGUGGAUGCCGCCGAGAAUACCCCAGUGGUUGCUGAUUCAAAUGAUGAUGGAACAUUCGCCCAGGAACUGGAAAUAG